GCAUUCUGGUGCAGCAGCCAAACUUGCAGAAGCCUGGCGAGAGCAAAACGCGAGUGUCGGCAGCAAGAGUAGCAGCGCCCCUAGAGGUGAUGGUGUCUAUGGCAGGAUCGUGUACCUCCGUUCAGAUGCUGACCUAACCACCGUGACGCUGGUGGACCCUUCGCGCCGAGUGAUGUUCGUGGCCGACGGCACAUCCUGGGCAGGGAGGAACUUCGGCCUCGGCGCCCGCGAGAUUUUGCUUCGCAACGGCGUCCAGGCGGAGUGGAUCGAACAUGAGAUUACAAAGGGAACCCGCUUUAAGCUCGUCUUCUUCGAGGAUGACGGGAUGAUUUGGAAAGCAGACUGGGAUGGAGUGGAGCGCGCCGUGGAGGCCUUCCACCCACGAGCGGCAGAGAAGAUUUGCCCGCACUGGGAGACUAUCCGCAACACUUCCUGGGCCGACCUGGAGGCUCAAUUUGGGGUGACUUUCGAUGUGCUCGAACAGUCUGAAGGCCCCAUGACCGAGGAGCGAUAUCUGGCGGCGGAGGACACUCCUGUGACUGCAAGGCGCUUUCUUGCCUCCACCCUGUCUCUGAAUCGCCAUUUUCAGGGUACAGGCUACACUUUCGAUGAGCGGGCAGAUUCUGGUGAUGCUACUGCUGAGUUUUUUGCUGCCAACCGUCCCCUGAGUUCACUUCCAGCUGCACAAGUUGUAGACUUGGAGCCGUGA